AUGCCAAAUUCAAGAGGUCAUCCAUCACUACCCAACUUCCUUUACUAUCAAUCCAAUUUGGGAAUUCUUCAUCUCCCAAAUAAUAGCAUAGGACAGAAUUUUCCAACUUGGUUGUUAGAGAACAACACAAGACUUAGGGGACUAUAUUUGAGGGAUAAUGCUUUUAGAGGACCUCUCAAGUUGCCAACAAGCAUCAAUCCCAACAUGGAGACUUUUGAUGUAUCUAAUAACAAGUUCCAUGGACUAGAGGACCUCUCAAGUUGCCAACAAGCAUCAAUCCCAACAUGGAGACUUUUGAGAAUUCCUACAUUAGUGGGUAAUAUGACAACGUUGAAACAAAUUUCUCUGUCUAACAACCAGCUUGAGGGUCCGAUCCCGGAGGAAAUUUGCAAUCCUGAUUUUCUUGGCCUCUUAGAUUUAUCUAGGAACAAUUUAUGUGGUUCAGUCCCAUCUUGCUUCAAUUCAUCACGGAUAUGUCAUGUCUAUCUGAACAAUAACCAAUUGGAGGGCGAGCUCACAUAUGCAUUUUAUAAUAGCUCUUCUUUGGUGUUAUUGGAUCUUAGAUGGAAUAAGUUCAUUGGAAUAUCCCUCAAUGGAUUGGCAAUCUAUCAAGCCUGA